UUGUUAUUUUUGAGUAAAACUUGUUUAUUAUUACAAAUUUAAUUAAUUGUAGUUUAAGUUUAUAUAAAUUUCCGUCAUGUCCCAAAAGAAAUACAUUAACUUUGUGAGGCCAGCUUCGCCGAGUGAAGAGAAAGUGUAUCCAACACGUCGUCUGUUCUUGGGAGGAGAAGACGCCAAAAAACUAUAUUUAGAGGAGGUCAAGGAUGUUGGCGACCCUGAACCUGUUAUUCAUGACCACCUUAAAAAUAAAUCUACAAAGAGAAAGAAACCAACAUCUAUAGUAGAUGACACUUGUGAACUAACUGAUAAAGAUUUGUUUUUAUCAGCACAGAACAAUGAUACACAGAUAUUGACACGGAUACUAGACAGGUCCCCAGAUAAGAUAAACGCUGUCGACGAUUACGGUUGGAGCCUGCUUAUGAUCGCCUGUCAGGCCAACUCCAUUGAAGUUGUUCAAGAACUCUUAAGCCGAGAUGUAAACACAUCCAUCAGAGAUAAAGCUGGGAAUUCAGCACAAAGUUUAGUUAUUAAGAAUAAAAAUUUAGCUUUAGUUGAUUUGCUCUUAGCCCACAAAAAGAAGAAAACAGAGAUUGAAACACAGAAAGAAGAAUAUAAAGUGAAACUAAAAGAAGAAUAUGACUGUGAUAUAUGUAAUAAAACUUACCCUGAUAAACAGGAACAUUUAUCUUCUACAAUACAUAAUAUAAAUGCGAGUAAGGGCAAGAAGAUACCAGCAAGUUAUGUUAUACCUGCUUCUAAUAGAGGAUAUCAAUUAAUGUUGAAGGAAGGCUGGGAUAGACAAUCCGGUUUGGGCCCUGAGGGUUCCGGGAAGUUGUAUCCCAUAAAAACAGUGCUAAAGAAAGAUAGAAAAGGAAUAGGGCAUAAAAAAACUAAAGGUCAUGAAAAAGAAGAACCUUUGACACAAAACAAGAAACUAAUAGCAAGAUAUCAUCGGGACAAUAGAAGAAUGGAAAGAAACUUUCGAAGAGAAUUUUAUUAAAUUGUUUUGUGUAUUGAAAACAAUUUAUAAAAUUUUAAUAAAAUUCUUUAUUUUCA